AAGAACAAUAUACAUUUUCGUCACAUCGUUGUACAGCCGGGACAUCGUUAUGACUAACAGACGUCGGAUUUGUUUUUUGCUGUUGGGAUUAAUUUGCUUCUGCGUUACACUUUCAUUCACAAAUACACGGCGUGACCCGGCGAAUGUUAACCUUCUCUCAGACAAGAAGAAUGGACUAGUUCUUCCGAAAGAUAAUAUUCUGAUGCUACCACAUACCGACUUGGAAUGCCAAAAGUCAUUGUCGCCGUUCGGAAUAGAACGAUUGGACAGUUAUUUGCAGAUGAAUGUUACAGAAGACAGUUCUUUUCUGUCCACUGAUCUGACAGAGGUCACAGUGUUACGAUCCCCCACACCACUGAGGGUAGGGGACACCUUGAGGAUGAGUAUUCGUCUGUUAAACAUGGACGGUAAACCUGUGGAUACUGGUGGCGACUAUCUCAGGAUAUGGUUGAAAGAUACUGAGCUUAGAGCAAAUGUAAAUGGCUACGUUGUAGAUCAUGGAAACGGGACUUACACUGCAGUGGUACUUUUGCCAUGGAAAGGUAAUCCACGGGUGAUUUUGUCAGUCGCUAACUCAAGGCAUCAUAUAGCACUUAUCAUGAAGUACGUGGAAAAGCAUGGUUUGUUACACAUGAUGGCCUCUCAGUUUAUAGACUCAAGUGGUGAACAACAAGAGGAAACACAAUGUAGUCCUAAGCAUGACGCCUUUCUCAGAGGAUGUACGUUGGUCGACAGGUGUAACCUGACCGUACAAAAUUACGGGUUGCCAUGGUUUUGCUGUAAACCUAAAUCUCCAUUUGUAACAUGUGAAGACAUUAAAAAUGUGAAAGCUAAUAGAACAACCAUGAUCAGUAACCUCACGUGGCGGAUUGCAACAAAAUUGAAACAACAAAGAAUAGCCUCGUUUCAGAUUCUGGUAGACGAAGAAAUCAACUACACCCAGAACCUACCUUCACCAUCACUCCCAUGCCAAGAGCUCAAACCGGAAGUCACCUGGAAUACUCUCACACCAGUUGGAUAUUAUUAUAACAAUAAUUGGAUUAACAGGAUUUGUAAGCCGGAACCUAAUGACUUUACCUGUUUACAAGACAAGAGAUUUGUAGUGUUGGGCGAUUCAAAUAGUAGAGGUAUUUAUCAUGACUUGUGCUUAAAGUCUAAAUCGAAACUUUUGACAGCGCAUUAUACAAAAGAGAAGCCUUGGCACAAACUAUUAAAGGCGAAAAACACGGAAUUAAAUAUAGACUUAAUGUGGGCCCCUCAUAAUCCGCCAUUUUACGUUGGUCCUCAUCAGGGCCUGGACACGAUGCGGUCAGUUGGAAAUUGGCUGGACCGGACACCUAAUGAUAAACCAAUAGUAGUUAUAAUACAUUUGUACUAUCACCUCUCUAGGACAACAUUGGCAGUAUUUCGCGCCCUGGUCAAGGAUGCACGUGCGGGUGUUGAUCGUCUGCUAUCGCGAGCGCCAGGAACUUCGGUUGUUAUUAUGGGUCCACAUUCAAUCACUUUCAGGGACACGCUUGAACCUCUUGACUACCUCCGUCGUUGCUAUGAGGAAAUCUGGUUCCAGGAGUUCAAGGGACUACAUGACAAGGUCUUUUACAUUGAUAAUUGGGAUCGAACAGUUGGAUCUGAAAAUGUAGAUUUACACCCGCCUCCGAAAACAAUGACUGACGUUACGGAGGAAAUUCUGUCUUACAUAUGUCGACAAAACCCCUUGAAAUAAACUUAUUUUUAUAUCGUGAGGUUUUCUAAAAUGACAUCAAAGUUUCGUAUCCAAGUAACUUUCAUGAUUUAAUUUUACGGAGGUAUUUGCUUAAUCUUUUAUUAUGUCCCCGAAGCGAAGAGCUUUAACUCUGUUUCUUCUUUCGACAGGUGGAUUUUUUCUGACACAUUCCUCAAAAACUGUUGGACGGAAAUUAAUGAAACUUUACACAAGUGUUUAUUAUGGUAAGGGGGUGUGCAGUUUUGGGAACUUCUGUUAUGGUCCCAAUUGCAAUUGGUUUAAACAUAUUUUAUUGUAAUUUAUAUACAAUUGGAGUUGGGCACAAGUUUAACAACUUAUAUUAAGCCCUUUCCCUACAAUAUAUUGAAACAGAUUUUUUCAAGAUGGCAUAUUACAUAUAUAUUCAAAUUGGCUUUAAUU